GGCCAAAAUACGGUAGCUGGCGCUUGGCGCGCAUGCGUCAUAUGGCUCUCGCCGAUCUGUCUGCUCCGUGCCCGUGAGCUCCGGAACCGGAAGUUUUCCCGGGAUCUUCCCGACCUGGAGCCCAGCUGUCGCCUUGGGAAUAGGAGGGAUGCACAAUAUUCAGCUGUAAAUGCAUCACAAACAGGCCUCCCAGGAUGAGGAAAGCAAACAGGAGUGCAGGCUCCGUCCCCAAAGUACCUGCCACGAAUAAAUCACAGAGCACCGAAAGGGCAAAAUCGGAGAGCAACGCACCUACUUCAUCCAAGGUGUCCCGCCCAGGAUCUUCUCUAUCAAAGGCUAAGAGCAAUGAUGAUCUCCUGGCUGGAAUGGCCGGUGUGCCACCCACAAGCAACAGUGUAAAGGUGAAGAAAAGCAGUGCUGCAACAAACCCUAGUUCUGGGGCAACAAUGAGUGGAACAGAUGGAAGGGCCAAGAGCAGUGCAGGCAGCAACUCUAUUAGUAAGAAAAGUGGCUCAUCUGGGGCAAAAGAAGUAGGAUCUUCUCGAGAAAGAGUCAGAGAGAGAUCUCGCCUGAAUGCUAGCAAAAAACCACAAGGAUCUGGUGUUAACACAGGAGAGGUAACUGCCCCAACUAAACGAUCUCGAGCUCGUGCAGAGUCAGAUGUUCUUCGUAUGAGCAAAUCCAAAUCUGAUAAUCAAAUCAGUGAUCGUGCAGCUCUUGAAGCCAAGGUGAAGGACCUGCUUGGUCUGGCCAAAAACAAAGAUGCUGAGAUUUUGCUUCUCCGCACUGAGCUAAGGGACAUCAAAGCACAGCUUGGACAUGGCAUCUCUGAUAAGAGUCCUGAGGAUCCCCCUGUAUUUCAGUUAGAAGAGCAGAAUGCUGUUGUGCGGGAAGAACUACAGCAACUGAAAAACGAGAACAGAAUGCUUAAGGAUCGGCUAAAUGCAUUGGGUUUUUCAUUGGGUCAACAAAUUGAUGUUACAGAGAAGCUUUACUGUUACCAAUCCAUGGAUAUGGCUGCUGGCAGCCACAGUGACUGUGGGGGAGGCACAUUGGCCUCCUCCGUGGAGGGCUCUGCUCCUGGAUCUAUGGAGGACCUCCUGAGCCAGGAUGAAAGCACACUGACUGGUGAAAGGAGGAGUAGUUCCAUGGAUAAUUUAGAUAGUGAAUGCAGUGAGGUUUACCAGCCACUCACCUCUAGUGAUGAUGCUUUGGAUGCCCCAUCAUCAUCCUCUGAAUCAGAAGGCCUUCCAAGUACUGAACGAUCACGAAAAGGUAGCAGUGGCAAUGUGAGUGAAGUGUCAGUGGCCUGUCUGACAGAGCGGAUUCACCAAAUGGAGGAAAACCAACAUAGCACAGCUGAGGAGCUGCAAGCUACUCUUCAGGAGCUGGCUGACUUGCAGCAGAUCACACAGGAGCUAAAUAGUGAGAAUGAACGGCUGGGUGAAGAGAAGGUCAUCUUGAUGGACUCUCUUUGCCAACAGAGUGAUAAGUUGGAACUGUUCAGUCGUCAGUUGGAGUAUGCACGAGCGUUACUUGAUGAGCACCAUGUACAGUACUCCUUGGACGAAGACCUCAAAAGUAGCCGUUACUUAGAACUAGAGCAGAGAUACAUGGAAAUGGCUGACAACAGUCGCUUUGAGCGUGAGCAGUUGUUGGGUGUCCAACAGCAUUUGAGCAACACUCUAAAGAUGGCAGAGCAAGAUAACAAGGAUGCUCAAGACGUGAUUCGAGCACUUAAGGAGCGGAACCACCAUACGGAGCGCAUUGCUGAAGCUGAACAACUUGCAAAGCAGGCAUUGGCAGCCACCCUAGAGGACUAUAAAGCAUCCCUCAAUGCUGAGCAGGCUGAAUGUUCACGUCUCAAGUCCCAGUUAGAGCAAGAGAAACAACGAGUUGCAGAACUAUACUCUAUUCACAGCUCUGAUGAUGCAUCUCACAUCCAGAACCUACUGGAAAGCGUGCGUUCUGAUAAAGAGAAAGCAGAAGCUCUGGCUGGGAACUUGCAGGAAGAGUUGGUGCAUGUACAGAAUGAUCUCAGACGUAUGCAAGACGCCUUUGAUAAGCUGGAAGAUGAAUAUAGAGCAUUCCGUGAAGAAGCACAAAAACAGGUGGCAGAACUGACCCUGGCACUUGAUAAGGUGAGGAGUGAAUUGGAAGAAAAGGAGACGGAACGCAGUGACAUGAAGGAGACCAUAUUUGAACUGGAAGAUGAAGUAGAACAGCACAGAGCUGUGAAGCUACAUGACAACCUCAUCAUAUCCGAUCUGGAGAAUGCUGUAAAAAAGCUGCAGGAUCAGAAACAUGACAUGGAGCGUGAAAUCAAAAUAUUGAAUAGGAAGUUAAGGGAGGAAUCUGCUGAAUGGCGCCAGUUUCAGGCUGAUUUGCAAACUGCUGUUGUAAUUGCUAAUGACAUCAAAUCUGAAGCACAGGAAGAAAUUGGAGAACUUAAACGGCGGUUGCAAGAAGCAAUAGAGAGGAAUGAAAAGCUUAACAAGGAACUGGAGAAUGCUGCAUCUCGCAAACAGGAGGAGGAACGUGGUCGUGUUUAUAAUUACAUGAAUGCCGUGGAGAGGGAUCUUGCUGCCUUGAGACAGGGAAUGGGUCUUAGUCGCAGGUCUUCCACGUCUUCUGAGCCCACACCCACUGUCAAGACUCUUAUCAAAUCCUUUGAUAAUGCAUCCUCUCCAGCCCCCGCUCCUGCAGCAGUGGUGGCAACAGCUGCAGCGGCAACCACAAUUCCCCGCACUCCUCUGAGCCCCAGCCCUAUGAAGACACCGCCUGCUGCCGCUGUGUCGCCCAUGCAGAGACAUUCCAUUAGUGGACCUAUAUCUACUACUAAAUCAUUGCCAGGCUUGUCUGAGAAGAGGCCAAGUUAUGCUGAAAUUCCCGUACAAGAGCAUCUGUUAAGAACUACUUCUAGCAGCAGAACAGCAGCAGCUUUACCUCGGGUCCCAACAAUAGAUAGCACAAAAUCCAUCUCUGUGUCACGCCGCAGCAGUGAGGAACUGAAACGUGACAUCACUGUUACAGAUGGGAAUUCUUCUUCUCCCUUGAUGUCAAUGACUUCACCCUCAUCACAGCUGUCCCUCACCUCUUCCUCUCCCACUGCGUCUGUCACACCAACUGCACGGAACCGAAUCAGGGAGGAAAGAAAGGACCCCUUGGCAGCCCUAGCAAGAGAAUAUGGUGGCUCUAAGAGGAAUGCUUUGCUGAAGUGGUGUCAGAAGAAGACUGAGGGAUACCUGAAUAUCGACAUCACAAACUUCAGUAGCAGUUGGAACGAUGGCCUGGCCUUCUGUGCUUUGCUGCACACAUAUCUUCCUGCCCACAUUCCAUACCAGGAGCUGGGCAAUCAGGACAAGAGGAGAAAUUUCACAUUGGCCUUUCAAGCAGCUGAAAGUGUAGGCAUCAAGUCUACUCUGGACAUUAACGAGAUGGUACGAACAGAGCGACCGGAUUGGCAGUGUCUUAUGACAUACGUUACAGCAAUUUACAAAUACUUUGAAACCUGAACAUCGAUCAGGCCUGGUGUGCCGUAACCUUCUCCAUCUGGAAAAUUGGAAUACGCAUUCUUGUGUGAGGAAUACGCAGAGGCUUUACCAGUGAAUCAAACAGCUCUGUGAUAUGAGGAACAUUGUAGUGUUUUCACUGCCCAGUGUCUUCUACCCAUACACCAGUCUGUACUAGGACCUGCAUCUUUAUACAUGAGCUAAGGCUCAUCACCAUGCUUACCUGUGCCCUUUGCUUGGCACAGGCAUUUUACAGAUCAUUUCAGCUUACAGUAACUCAGGCUGCAGCUUGUGUCAAGGCAGCAGAAGUGACGUGGACAAAGUUUUUUUUGGUCAUGUUUUCUUAGUGCCUUAGCAAUGUGUGCACCUUACGGCUGCUCGGACCACUCAUCACAAAUCGCUAUGAUACCCACACAAAGCACAUAUCGUGCCAACAUCCUAGCUGCUGCCUUCGGGGGCCUGAUUGUCUUUUUUUAUUUGUGCCUGUAACACUAAGUGUUGAUACAUGUGAAUGUUGCGCUGCAUCAGUCUGUCUGUCUGUCGGUCUGUCCUUCAGUUCAGCCACGUCAUAGCAGGAACCGACAGAUGACAUAUUGCUGCAUGUGUAUCUGCAAAGUAACCACAGCAAAGGUAAAUCCAAAAUGUAGUAUUAUACAUUCCUUCAAGAGACUUUGUCUGUCAAGUUAGGGGAGGCAGUUCUUUCUUAAGCUGUCCUCGGUUGUGUUUAAAAUGCACGGACUC